UGGGACCUGGUGUGUAAUCGGCGAGCGCUGUACUCCACCACACAGGCAAUGGUAUCAGUUGGGAAUUUCCUUGGAUAUCUGUUAUUUGGCUGCCUGAUCGAAAUGAUUGGUCGCCGACGGUCUGUGUUACUAAGUGGUGCGUUAUCGUUUGUGACUGGGAUGGUAACGGCUUUGUCCCCAACUCUCGCUUUCUACAUGGUGAUGCGCAUCUUGGUCGCUGCAUCUUGCAUUGGGUACUACAGCGGCUGCUUGAUCAUCUGUCUCGAAAUUUGCUCACCAAAACACCGAUCAAUAAUUGGAUCGCUCUACGCUAUUCCCUGGGCAGUGGGUUACAUGGUGCUGCCCGGGGUAGCCUACCUGGUGAGGGACUGGCAGAUGCUGCAGGUCGCCCUCACUAUCCCCAGUAUCUUCUUUGUCAUAUAUAUCUGGACAUUACCAGAGUCCCCGCGGUGGCUGGUGAUUCACGGGAAGAAAGAGGAGGCGCUCAAGGUGCUCACCAAGGCAGCUUCAGUCAACGGUAAGACACUGCCACCAGAACAAGAGAUGCUGGCUGCUAUGGAUAGGAUCAAACAGAAGUGCCUGAACAUGAAGGAAGAGCCAAGGGAGGAGCUGGGCUUGUGGAGGCAAGUGGUGGCGAGAGUACAGUGGUUCGUAGCCCCAAUACGCCUGCCCCAUUUGAGGAAGAUCGCUCUGCCUGUCUUCUUCUGCUGGUUCACCUGUGCCAUGGUCUACUAUGGCGUGUCUUUCAGUGCCACCAACCUCAGAAAUGACAGUGAAAAUACAGCACAGGAAACUAUUAUUGGUCAAAACAGAAGCAGUCUGAAGUCUUCGUAUAUAAUGGACCUAAGCGAGCAGAGUUUCGUAUCUGAAUUGUCUGUGGUCUCAAACGUAGUUGUAUUUGAGCAAAACCUGAGGGAAGAGGGCAGAGCAUUCCUGGACUGCACAAGAGUAUGGAGAUGGCGGGUGCUAGUCGGUGGUCUGCGGAGCCGGUUGUAA